AUGAAUAGAAAUCUUACUCUCUUCAUCUUUUUCAUCAGUGUUUUGUCUGUUGCUGGAAUAAUGGAACAGCAAUUGAUACGAAAAUUAUUAACAUAUUAUGAACCGUCGGUUCGACCAGUAUUCCAUGCUCAAUCCGUAGUCAAUGUGCUAUUUAGAAUGGAAAUUACGCAGUUAUUUGAAUUAGACGAAAAAACCCAGAUUUUAAUAACAAGCGUUCGAGUCGAACAGAAAUGGUUCGACGAGAAUCUUUCAUGGAAUCUAACAGAAUAUGGUGGGAUUCGAGGUAUUCGUUUACCGUCGAAUCGGAUAUGGUUGCCUGACAGCUACGUCUACAAUGCUGCAUUUGAUUUAACAGGUCAUGCACCGGCACAGGCUAUUGUUCAUGGUCCGUAUGUGAUGAUUUAUUACACGGGUGAAGUUGUCUUUCCUGUCCUGAUGAAACUACGCACAACAUGCAAAGUGAAUAUACAAUAUUUUCCAUUCGAUCGACAAGUUUGUGGUUUGAAAUUCGCAUCGUGGAUCUAUGAUACUUCAUCGGUUCAAUAUGAACUUGUUACUAAUCCAAACGAUCCACAACAAACGGAAAAUCUGCGCAAUAGUGGCGGAUGGGAGAUACUUGAUGUCAAACAAGGUCUCGUUUGGCUUGUUAAAAAUAAUAAAACCUAUGCGGAACUGGUGUAUGGUGUGCAUAUUAGGCGUCGUCCAUUAUAUUAUAUCUUUAAUGUAAUCAUUCCAUGUGCGAUGCUUUCAUGUUUAACUUGCAUGUCAUUUUGGUUGCCGACGUCAUCAGGUGAAAAAGUCACUCUUGGUCUAACGUGUUUCGUGGCCUUCUCUGUAUUUAUGCUGAUGGUAGCAGAAAAAGUUCCAGCUACGUCGGACACCAUACCCACUAUCGGAAUCUAUCUAAUGAUUGUUAUGAGUUUAACAUCCGUGUCAGUCAUCAUGGCAGUUAUUGUGGCAAAUGUGUAUCAAUACGCAGCAAUGUGUACAUCCGAAAAACAUCGUGCACCUCGAUGGUUGAUUAAAUUCGCACUUAUCUAUAUGUCUCCUCUUCUUCGUAUGCAGAACAAGGUCAAAGCAAUAUUGAGUCAAAAGGUAAGCGAAUAG